AUGUCCCAACUCGCCCGCCGUACACCCUCUUCAGUGCGAGCGAGUCGAUUAGCUCGAGCGAGUCAGGUCCAACUCGAAGCAGAAGAAGAGCGCCUUCCCGUGCUACAAGAGAGGCAAGAAGCGCAUUCUCAGCCACAAGAGUCGGAUCCCGAUCUCCCCCACGACGACGGCGACGACGACGACGAUCAUGACGAGCAAGUACCUGCUCUACCUGCUCUCCCACCCGAAGACCCAGACGAAGCACCUUCGUCACCUGCCUCCCGCCCAGCAGAAAACCUUUCCCUCCCCCGCCAAGCCCUGCAACACCUCGAUCACCAAGCCGGACAAGCCUUGGCGCUCAAUAGGGCCUAUCAGAAGAAAUUGGUCGCGAGGAUGUCCAAGUUGGCCGAGAGGGACGAGCAGUUGAAUAGGUUCAAGGUGCGCUCAGGCGAGAUGGGACAGCGAUGUACGCGCUAGUUGAUGUGUACCCUGUUUCCUGUUUGAAGCUCUUGUUGGACUCGAUCGUCUACGACGAAAAUCAGGAAGCACCACCUCAAAGCGAGGACGAAGAAGAAGGAGACGACCACGACCCCCAGGCCCAUCCUCAAGUCCUUCCUGCCGCCCAAGUCAAUAUCGUCGCCAAUGGCUUCAAAGAGGUCGCAUUACCUUGGUUCAAGCAUUUCCAUGGACAGGUACGUCCGACACAAAAGCCCUGAUAUCAUCCCGCCCUGGGAAAGCUGACUCUCUCUCUUUCUCGCACGACACGACAGUCCCUCCCACCUAAUCGAGAUGCCAAGAUCAAAGAAGCCUAUCUGACUUUGACCAAGUUUCAUGCCUGUGCGUUCCCCAACUGUACCGAUUUCAUCGAGAGCUCUUUAAAGCUGAAUGAGCCCGCGCCACACUUGCACAGGGUCCGCCUCGGAUCGUCUUCGCCUCAAACAAGAAGUCGCAACUCAACUCUCGCGUCGCCAACAUUUGCAAGACCAGGACCAAGAGUCAGUCCUGGACUCAUGUCCGCGCGGCAACCCUUUUACUGACCAUAGAGACGGCUUGGAGCAAUCCAGCAGUGCCCCGAUCGAACCUCUCGACCCCGAGUGGAUGGCCGAUUCGAUCGAUUGGGAUGCGAUUGCCCUCGUCGUAAGUCAGAACCGGCUCGCUCACCCCUCCUGCGAAAACCUAACCGCCUUCCCCUCUCCCCACCAGUUCCCACGCCACACCUCCAUCGACUGUCGUCUCCAAUACCUACAACACGACCACCCUCGAAUCAACGUCGAACCCUGGACCUCGACCGAGCUCGAGCGUCUCUACAGCCUCCACGAAACCCUUCCACAACCUACCAACCUCUCGACCCUCAGUACCGAACUAGGCACUCACCGUACCCCCUCCGAUUGUCUGCGCCAACUCCGUCGAAGACCUUACCACUCCCUUCCCCGACCUUUCGACGCCUCGGAAGAUGCCAAACUUCUCCAAGGUAUGACCUUGUACGGUCAAGAUUGGCAAGCGCUUUCGGCGUACGUAGGACGUCCCGCCAACGCUUUGAUCACACGCUGGACCAAGACCCUUCAACCCGAUAUAAAGAAAGGUAAAUUCACUCCCGAAGAAGACGAAUUACUCCUUCAAGCCGUUGAGAGAUGGGGGACGAAGAAAUGGAAGGAAGUUAGUUCGGUCGUAAGGUUUCGUACGGACGCGCAGUGUAGGGAGAGGUGGUUCAAUCAUUUGGAUCCGGAGGUGAGGCAAAAUAAGAAGAAGAGGUGGACGCAGCAGGAAGAUGAGUUGUUGAGAAGGUUGAGAGCGGAGGGGAUGGGUUGGAGCUUGUUGGCCAAGAGGUUCAAGGGCAGGACGGAUAAUGCGGUCAGUCUUUCUUUUGAGAGGGGUCUUUUGGCCGGGAUGUUUCAACGUUUGCUGAUGAUCGUGGAGUAUUGCUUUCCACAGUGUUUGGUGAGGAUGAGAACCAUCGAAGCGCAGGCGAAACGGGCCAAAGCGAAAGCGGAAAAGGAAGCAGCUGAUCAAUCUGCUUCGAAAAAGGGGACCAAGAAGAGGGCUCAAGAGGGGGAGGGAGGACGAGCGGGGAAGAAGAAGAAGAAAACUCAAGUGGAAGUGGAGGUGGAGGUGGAGGUGGUGGAGAGUGAGGAGCAGGAGAGUGAGUGA